UGUACGGCGAAAGAAACGUGGACGCUCAAAUUAGUUGAAAUUUAAACAUCGUUAUACUUUUAGUUUUACUGUUCUUGUUAUUAUUCAAGUAAUCUUUCUCUAAAACGUAUUGUCGAAAAGAUCCACCCUAAUCCAGCAGUGCUCAAGCUACAGUGACCUAGUAAGAAGAUAUCAUUAGCAAUGGACUUUGAAGCUGUUCAAGGUUUUGCUUCCCAUCAUGAUCCAACUGUUCAGACAAGGGCCUUGCAGUACUUUGAGCAACUGAAGGCUUCAGAGGAUGGAUGGCAAUUGUGUGCAAGAACUUUAACAUCUGCACAGAUUUUGGAUGAACAUGUUAUUUUCUUUUGUAUCCAAGUGAUAGAGCAUUUUGUAAAGACAAGAUAUAUUCAUUCAAAAGAAGAAGAACAACAGUUUCUUAGACAUUUCAUCAAGCACUGGUUACAAUUUCAGAGUCAUGCAGGGGUGGUACAUGAGGUUUUUAUCCGCAACAAAAUUGCACAACUUGUAUGCUUGGUGUUCUUAGCAGACUACCCACAUCGUUGGCCCAAAUUUUUUGAUAAUGUCCUUGAGCUGUUGACUUUAGGUCCUCCAGGUGUUGAUUACUACCUCCGCAUAUUGUUGGCAAUUAAUAGUGAUGUAGCAGAUCGAGAAAUUGCCCGGACACAAAAGGAGCUUGAAAGAAAUACUCUUAUAAAGGAUACAGUGAGAGAGUGUAGCAUAAUGAGGCUAGUAGACUCGUGGUUUCAUAUUGUGACUACAUAUCAAACCUCAAGUCCAGAACUUUCCUGCCUUUGCCUUGAAGUAAUUGGUGCAUAUGUGGCUUGGAUUGAUAUUAGCUUAAUAGCUAACAACCGCUUCGUAAGCAUUUUGGUUCAGUACUUGUCAUUACCACAGCUCCGAGAAGCAGCUUGUGAAUGUAUCCUGGAGAUAAUCAACAAGGGAAUGGAACCAUCAGCUAAAACAAAACUGGUGGAAUCAUUUGUUACUGUGCUAGAACAAGCAGGUGUACUGAACCCUUCACAGGCUGAUGAAGAUGCUGAUUUUGUUAUAAAAUUGGCCAAGCUUGUUAGCGGAAUUGGUACAUCUCUCUUAGUUAGUUGGUCAAAGUUGAGUAGAAUGGUUAUGCCUGAUCCUGAGCAGUUAGCUAUCACUCUAAAAGCUGUUGAAAAUAAGGUUCCUCUUCUGCUACAGUUUUUAAACAAUGAAGAUGAUGAUGUGUCUCUAGGAGUUUGUGAUUUUGCUAGAGAAUUCAUACAAUUCUUGAAGCAGCAAUCUAGUGUAGGAGCUUAUAAUGCCUCAGAAAAAUCUAAUGCUGAAGCACUGCUUCAUAUAAUCAUCAACAAAUACAAAUAUGAUGAUUCCUAUAAUUUUGAUCAUCAGGGUGAAGAUGAAGCAUCGUUUGAUGAGUAUAGAAAGUCUUUGAAAGUUCUCUUCGACAAUCUCGCACAGUUGGAUAAUGAGUUAGUUUUGAGUCGAAUGAAAACCAUGAUCACAACAACUCUUCAGCAGUGGAGAAAUUCCCCGUUUCAAGAUGUGGAAGCUGCCAUCACUUUCUUGUAUCUUCUUGGUGAGGCUGUUCCAGCUUCCCAUGGGAAUCAUUUUAUUGGAGAUGGAGAUAAACCUACUGUAAUGACAGAGCUCCUGAGAUUACUUGUCACUUGUGGAGUCAGUACUUAUGGACACAUGGCGGUAACUUUACAUUUUUUUGAGACAGUUGUGCGCUACGAAAAAUUUUUCAGUCAAGAACCUCAUCAUAUUCCUGAAGUUCUUGUUGCUUUCAUGGAUGAGCGAGGACUGCAUAACAGGAGCCCACGAGUACGGAGUCGUACUUGCUACUUGUUUUCGAGGUUUAUUAAAUGUUUGAAGGUGCACAUCCACAGGUACACCGAAGACAUUGUGAAACGAGUACAAGACUUGCUGGUUUUGGCACCACCUGAAAAUGGUUUCAACACAGCUUUGUUAACACCUGAUGAUCAGCUUUUUCUCUACGAAGCUUCAGCAGUGUUGAUUGUGUCAAGUCAGUUUGAAACUCAGCAUAAAAAACAGCUGCUGUUGAAAAACCUUUUGAAUCCAGUGAUGGCUAAAUUUGAAAUGUUCCUUCAACGACUACCAAUGGAAACUGAUAAAGAGAAGUGCCGAGCAGUAGCAGAAUGUAUGAGCCAUGCUAUUGCUUGUACUAGUCGUACCAGCAAGGCAUUUUCUAAUCAACAGACAAUGAAGACAACAGGGGUUGUGCAAGUCUAUACUGAUGCUUUGAAGGUAUUCUUACAAGCUCUAGAGCUUCCUCAGGAACAGACAGUUCUCCAGUCUGCAGUGCGACAAUUCUUACACCGUAUGGUUGUUUGUCUGGAGGAAGAGGUCCUUCCUUUUAUUCCAUUAGCAGCUGAAAACUUGUUGAAAAAUGCAGAUACACGCAGUAUUCAAGAAUUUAUACCUCUAAUAAAUCAAGUUAUAGGGAAAUUUAAGUUGUCUUGGGUUUUCCAGAAAGAGAUAGUUCCUUUUCUGCAACGUAUCUUCAUGCCUCUGGUAACUGCUAUCUUUAAGGCUUUAGCAAUUCCUACUGUUGAAAAUGACCAACAAGCCCAACGAGAAAGACAGGUUUUACAGCGAAGUUACUUCCAAUUCAUUGCUGCUAUUGUUACUAAUAAUGUCACAGAAGUUUUAGCAUCACAAGACAUGCAAAGUAUGGAACAAGUUCUACUAACAAUAAUUCAGGGGGCUGUAGACUUUCCUGAUCCUGUGGCUCAAAAGACGUGUUUCAGCAUUCUUAGGAAAAUGGUGGAAUUCUGGGGUGGACCUGAGGGAGUAGCAGGUUUUGUAGAAUUCAUGUACAAAUCCAUUGUCCCUGCUUGUUUUCUAGCACCACUGAAGGAUACGUUUGAUCUCACAGAUGCACAGACAAUAUUGGCCUUGACUGAGAGUGCGUUGUGUUUAAAGGCAGUGUAUGAAAAGAGAGGUGAUGAGUUUAUCAGCUUUCUUCAUACAGAGUAUCUUCCAACAAUGAAUGUCUCUCCACAACAAAUUACUGACUACUGUCAUGCUCUAAAGUCUGAAUCGAAAGUCUUCAAGAACUAUUUAAAGAUCUUUAUUCAACAUGCAAAAUCAUAACCAAUGCUGAAACUUAGUGUUGAUUUGGAACAUUGUUGGCUCCAGUUAUGACACAGGAAACAGAAUCUGCAGUGUUAUUACUGUUGAGUAUUAUGUGGGUAUUCUUACCUCAGCAGUACAAAGAGAAGAAAAUAGUCUUUUUUGGGAAACAGCCAUGCUCUAGUUAUUGGCAGUCGCGUGAAGUACUAAAAGAAAACUUUUCGUUAGCACAACAUGGUCAUUGCUGCUUUACAAGCUACGUAUGUACAAGGAGAGCCGAUUGCUUUGAGUUCAUCAUUGUAAUGGCUAUUUAUUGUUGCAUUAGUUUAAAAAAAAUACAAGGUGAGCUUAUUGUUUCCAAUUCAAAGAUGUAGUAGCUGUUUAUUCUUGUAUCAACUAUGUAAGUUCAGGGAGAACUAAUUGAAGCUGGUAUCAUAUUGGUUAUUUUUUGUUAUGUCAGCUACAUAACCAGAAGGAGAAACAGUUGUUUCAAGUUCAGCAUUAAAGUUAUUUUUACAUCAGCUACAUAAAAGUGAGAGAAAACAACUGAGUUCAGAACAUUUAUUUAAUGUUUAUUGUUUGUUGUAAUAACUACAGGGAAAAUAAUGAAAGCUAUUUAUUUUUUUACAACAGCGGUGUAAUGACAAACAUUAGCUACUCAAAAAUGAGGAAAAUGAACUUAUUUCAGAAAAUGUAUUUAAAAAAUCUUACAAGAUGUGGAAUUACCUAUAAAGAGAAAUAAGGAAAGCUGCUUUCUUUAGAAUAGUGUAAUGGCAAAAUUGAACAUUACAUUGACUACACAAAAAUGAGGGAAAUCAACUGAUUUCAGAACAUAUGUUUAUUAUUUUUUUCAUUGUUCCAUUACCUACGGAGAGAGGUAAGAAGAGUUGUUUUCAGCAGUGUAUUAAUGACAAGAUUGAAUGUUUUAGUGGCUUUGUUAAAUGAAGCAAACCAAAUGUUAAUUCAGUCAUAUACCCUCUUUAUUCUUGUGACAUUAUUAAUAAUUGUUGCAUCAAAUGGAAAGUUGAGAGAGACAAUGUUUAUUUCAGUGUUGUCAUAGCCUCUCCUAAUUAUGCACGUGUUAAAGUUAAGAAGUCUUUGUUUUCAAAACAGUCUUACCCUUUUGUUUGAAUUAAGAUGUAAAACCUAAAAUUGUCUCAUUACAAAUGCUUUUUUAAAAUGUGUAUGUGAAAAGGUAAGUUAAUGAUAAACACCAAUCACAUAUUAAAUAGAUACUAGAAAAGUACACCUGUGUAAAAAUAAAAAUAUGAUCAGUUUCUUUUAUUCUCUGCAGUGAAGCAUGUUUGAUAUAUUGUGAUAUUGUUAGUGUUUUAUACCUUUUUUGCUGUUGCAAAAUGGGAAAAUGUGAUAAUCUGUUGUGUACUCCAUAUAGUAAAAAAAUUAAUUAAUUUUGUUUUAUAAUUAUAACUUUAACUAUAAUUUCCUUGUCAUUAUGAAUAAGAUUUAGAGAAAAAUAUGAGUGGAAAAUAAAAAAGUUUCGAACAUUUGUAGAGAUUUAUAAAAAUAUUUAAGUAAAAAAUAACGUUACAAAAAUUUUGUUAUACUAUUAAAAUUUAAAGAAAUGUGUACAUUGUGUAGAAUGAGUGCAGCUAAAAAACAGGAAGAUUACAUAGAAAAAAAUAAGAAGGUUGUGUCCAUAUCAGUGAUUUAAAGAAUUACAAAAUGUUAGAAGUAUCCUAACUGUAUGAGUUAGAGAAAAGAAUUGUGUAUGAGAAACUGGUUGGAAAUACUUAAUAUCAUUAAUCAGUAUAACAGAAAACUAAAACAAUAAUGAUUAGAAUCUAUUGAGUACCCUUUCUGUAAAGAUGCAUCUCAGUCUUAAAGUACAAAUUUAAAAGAAUAAGAUUGAGGAAAUAAAAGUGAUGAAAUUAGGGUGUAUUAAAAGUUUUAGUGAAAGAAGUGAUUAGAGCAGCUUUAUAACAUACUGUAAAUUCUUUUAGUAAGUUUAGUUAGUGCAAUAAAUGAGGAGAGAUGCAUUUUUAAAGAAAGAAUAAAGUAUAAUUGAAUGGAUAUUUAUAUGGUUUGUGAUUAAGCAGAAAAUGUUGAUUGAGAAAAUGGGUUAAGGUAAAUAAUUUAAGAAAACUAAAGUAAGGAUCUUUAGUAUACUGGUAUGGUAUUGAAGCUGCUGGUGGGUGCUUAUAGUGUCCAAGAUAAUGCAAAAAGUGAAUUUGAACUAUUGAAUAAUUAGUGAUGAUUGUUUAUAGGGUUUGAGGUAAGGAAAACAAUGUGAGCUAAUGUUUAACUGAUGACUGGUUAUAGGGUUUGAGGUAAGGAAAACAAUGUGAGCUGACGUUUAACUGAUGACUGGUUAUAGGGUUUGAGGUAAGGAAAACAAUGUGAGCUGAUGUUUAACUGAUGACUGGUUAUAGGGUUUGAGGUAAGGAAAAGUGAAUGUGAGCUGAUGCUUAACUGAUGACUGGUAAUAGGGUUUGAGAUCAGGCAAUCAGUGAAUGUGAGCUGAUGUUUAACUGAUGAAUGGUUAUAGGGUUUGAGAUAAAGCAAGCAGUGUAUGUGAGCUGAUGUUUAACUGAUGACUGGUAAUAGGGUUUGAGGUAAGGAAAAGUGAUUAUGAGCUGGUAAUUGGUUAAUAAAACAAUAGAUAAUAACCAUGGAACUGAUAUAAGCCUGUCGUGUAUCAUUAGCUGACUUUCACACAUAACAAGAAAAACAGAUUUGAAUGUUUAGAACUAAUUGAACUCUUGAAGUGUAGUUGUUUUUUUUAUGGUAAGUAUGGUAGCAUAUUUGGAUGAAUUUCUUUGUGUUUUACACUAUGCGUAGUUGUGACUUUUCAUAUCAAUGUAUGUGAUAAAGUAAUAAGAUAUACAGAAUAUAACUUCAGUCUACAAUAUAAUGGUUUUAAAAUUGAUAUUUUUCCAUUACUUGAUAAAAAUAACUGAUGGAUUUAAGUAGUUCAUCAUGCUUCAAGUUUUGUUAAGACGUUGCAUCCUUAUAAUGGUUUCUGUUAUAAGGAUUUUCAGUUUUUGCAUUUUCUGAAUCUCAUGCUGAUUUUGAUUUUUGCAUAUUUAAUGUGCUGUGAUACAAGUGAAAUGCUUCUCAGUAAUGUACACACUUAAUCUUUUCUAACAUGUGUAAUGACAAGUAUUUAGGAAUCAGAUGGUUAUUCAUAGACCACAAACUCAUUUUAUGAUAAAAGGCUUAUACUGCACAGGUUAUCCUGACCUUGACUGAUAAAUUGAAGUUUUAAGUAAAACCUUUAGAAAAAAUAGAUAUGAUAUAGAUUAUAAUUUUGUUUAGAGCUUUUUAAAAACAUUAAGAUUUAGUAAGACUACAGUUAUAUUAGCACUUCUCAGGCUGCUGUGUAGAUUCGUAUAGAAAAUAUGAAAAAUAGAUAAAUUUUUCAUGUGUUGAUGUGUCUGAGCUCCUUAUGGUAGUCAAAUGUAAAAAAAGUAAAAAAAUACAAGUAUUAAUUAAUGGAAAACUAGAUAUGUAAAUUUUAGUUCUAUCAGACUUUAGGUUAGAGGUUGUCUUAGGUUUUAUUAUUUUAAUUUGUACUUAUGCUACUUUUUCGUAAACUGUAGAAUCAUUAAUACAGCUGUGUUCAAAAAGAGGACAAACAAAUUGAUAUUUUGGUAAAGUUAAAACCUGUUGUAUCAGUUUUUACUUUAUUUCACAUGAAAAAUAUUCAACAUGUUUCACUGAACAAAAAAGUAAUUUCAUACUGCAUAAGAUACCUAAAAUAAAACAAAUACUCAUCAUUAAGAGAAACACUGUUUUGCACUAUCAGUACACAUAUUUUUAUAGUGCAGAACUUGUCUGUAUAAGAUUUUGAUAAAAGAUGUAGAAUGCAUAUAUUAUCUCAUAGUUUUUAAUUUGUUUUUCGUUCUUAUUGGCCAAAGGUCUUAGCAUUUUGUAUAGUAGAGGAGCCAGUAGUUAAGUAACACAAUGAAUAAUUAAGAUUCUAAAUUUGGUAGAAAUUUGUUUGUUUUGGAAAAACAAUCUUUGUUAAUAUUAGCAUUAUUGAAAUACAUUUGUUGUAAAUAAGCACUGUAAAUGUUCAAAUAUUUUUCUUUAACAUAAUUUAGCUCUCUGUUUUUCAUCUAUUAGAAAUUAAUGACAUUGAACUAGUGUGAUUCUGAAUGAAAAGAUGUGUUUUGGAACAGGCUAUUGAACAUGACUUUAAAAUGUUUUCCAAUAUUUUCAUUUCCACAUAAGUGCUUUUAUAUUAGUUAUUGGGGCUGCUGGGCUUUUGUGAUAUCUUUCAUUGUAUACUGAUAUAAGUUUGUAAUGGUUUUAUUUGAUAAUUUCUAGUUUACAGUAUUUAAAAAGUGAACCAAAUGUUUGUACCUUAUUUUGGACUGUCUUCAUCUUUGUAAAAUGAAGAUUAAUACUUAAAUUGUUUUGGAACAUCAGUAUUUAAACAAAGAUUUAGUAAUUGUUGUUAAAUUGUUUGGAAUUCUCAAAUUUUGUUUGAUCAAGAAAUGUUCAGUCUAUUUUAAAUUCAUAACUUGGUUAAAUGAUUAAGAAAAAAUUAAUUAACUGGGUUAACAUUUACAAAACAAACUUUCAAUGCCACAAUAAAUAUUGAUUGCAAGGAUCAAAAUUUAAUUGAUUUCAAAAUAUUAUUUGUACCUGAAUUUACAUUAAGUCUUUUUUCAUAUAUCUGCACGGAUGAAGACUCAUUUAGAAUCAUGUCAAGAUGUUUUACAGGAGCUGCAUUUAACAACUGUUUUUAUUACAAACAAAUACUUCUAAGCACAAAAUGGUUUAUUUAUCAAUGUGGUUUUUAUUUUUUAAUAUUUUAUUUCAGAAGUGCUUAAUUGAAACUUUCCAAGUGCUGCUGGAAAUAAAAAUAUCAUUUCAGGUCUCCGAAAUCUCUCAUAAUGAUGAGGAAGUUGAAAUGUAUAGCAGAGACAGCUGGUAUGGGUAUUAAAAACUUUAAUUAAAAUAAAGUACAAGAACAACGUUUUGACUUUCUCAGGUCAUCUUCAGGUUAACAAGGAAGUUGAAAGUUGUUUGUACUGCUAUGAAUUACUAAUUAGUGAUAUGAGCAACUUUUUUUUUUAACUUACUCUUAAUUUUGAAAAAGUAUCCACCAGGUAGGUAUACUAGUGUUUUUGGUAGAAACAAAUGUAAUUCUCAAUUUUAUGGGAUGCAAUUUAUUAGGACAUUUAUUUUCCCUAUUGUGGAUUGUUUUAAGACGUUAUCCAAUUUAAGGUGUUAUAUUAAAUUUGCAUUUUCCAUUGAAAUUACAUGUAGCUUUAGAACUUACAAAGUUUCCAUUAUAUCCUUAACAUUUUUUUUUCUUAGAUAAAUGAUAGUACAAUAAUUUUGUGCUUGAAGAAUAAAAACGAAAAUUUAGACAAGAUAUUGAAAUGUAUUUUAAGGUAAGUUGAUAUUUUGAAAGGAGCUGUACAGGUUAAAAAAAAAUAUUCAGUAUGAUGUUUUAGAAAUUUAGUUUACUAAUGAAUUUAAUUGGACAUGUGCAAGGAUCAUAUUAUUCUCCAUAGAAACUUAAUUUUGGGAGCAAAAACCUGUAGCUGUAAGGAUAUUGCUUAUAAUUUUGUAUUUCUGGAAAUAAUACCACUUGCUUGAUGAGUCUUAUAUCAUUUGACUUAUCCUUGUACUAUUAUGCACUAUUGUUUGAGUAAACAAUUUAUGAUAAAGAGAACAGGAAGAUCCCUAACUACCCCAAUCCACCAAAUAAAAAGCCAUGUAAUUUUCUGGGAUCCAUGCUGAAGUGGGGGAGUGGAGACUACUGUUUCACUAAUGUUUAGUAAAUUCAUUUUAAAAUACAGAACAUGUUGAUGUUUUUACUUUAACCCAUCAUGAUACCUCUUAUGACCCCACCAGAGGGCUGUAACCCUUAGUUUGGGAAUUGCUGAAGUCAUAGCCUUCAAACUAUUCUUGGAUGGAUUUACAAAUAUGCAGUUUUUUUCAUGUUCACUCAUAUUGCUGUAUAGUUGAGUUAGUACAAGUUUUUGUUUCAUUACUUAAUAACUAAGUAAUUCAUAGUUUUUACAUAUUUGGUUUUGAAUGUUUUUUUUAUGCCUAAAAUUUAUUAAGGGCUCUCAGUGCUCUUUAGUUUUUCUAAAGGCAACAUAAGGAUAGCAGUUUUCAUUACAAGAUUGUUCUUCAUAUCAUAAAAUUGAACAUGGGUGCUCAACCAGUUGAACAUAUUUUUUUCUCACAUUAUGUUGAAACAAACGUAUUGUCUCAUGGAAUUUUAAUUUUCACCAUGGUGAGUAUCUUUUUUUUUUUAAGGACAUUAGGAGUUGGACAACAACCUUUAAUUUGGAAACCACAGUAACUCUUAUUCUUGGCUUUUAUAUCAAUUUGUUCAUCUGAAUAUAUUUUACCACAUCUUUAGAUUUUACAUAAAACAAAAAGGCAAUAUGAGUACUUUUGUCAAAAAACCAUAAAGAUAUAAGAAAGAUUUAUUUGAGUGUGUAUUAUUAAUUAAAAUAUAUCAAUCAUUUUCACAGUCCCAACUGUUUAAACAGACUCUGCUCUCUGUUGUUGUUUUUAUUGCUUUGAGUAAAUGAUUGUACAGUAGAUAUUAAAGUUAAGUAAGUGUGUUUAUGAGUUAAACUGUGCAUUGUUUUUGUAUAGCUCAGUCUGUAGUGAGGAUAUUUUGUAUAAUACGUUUUGAUACUGUUAAAAGUGUAGAAAUUGUAUUUAACAAUAUGAAUAAAUGUAACAAUAACAAUCAUAA